UAUUAGAGGUGGAACUUUGGUGUCAUCUGAAUGAUUCAAUAAUUGGGCGGGACCGUCUGGCACUGAUAUAUAAAGCCCAGUCUCCAUGCGGAUUACACUCCUAGGCACAGGUUUCAACAACCAGGAAUCUCUUUCAACAUGGCCCAGAACAACUCCGCAAACAACAUGAUCGCUACACACCAAAGGCGCAAUCGCACCAAAUUCACAGCCGACCAGUUGAAAAUCCUCAUCAACACCUUCAACCAAAAACCUUACCCGGGUCAUGCCACCAAACAAAAACUUGCUUUAGAAAUUAACGCUGAAGAGUCGAGAAUCCAGAUUUGGUUUCAGAAUCGAAGAGCUCGACAGUCAUUCCAGAGAAGAACAGAACCCGAGCAGGCCUUGGAAUCAAGCCAGGCCCACAGGCAACACCUCCCUGUGGAGAGUCAAGCUACUCUAGAUAGACGGUGCCGCACCUGCUAUACAUCUUCCCAAUUACGCACUCUCAUCAAGGCGUUCAAGAACAACCCUUACCCUGGGAUUGAUUCCAGAGAACAGCUUGCUAAAGAAAUUGGGGUUCCAGAGUCAAGAGUCCAAGUUUGGUUUCAAAACCGAAGAUCUAGAUUAUUUGCCCAGAGAAAAAGAGAACCUGAUGAGAUCUUAGAACAAAUACAAGACGAGGGGCAAAAUCCCUGAGAUGAGAAGGUUCACG